AAGAUUUCAUUUGAGGGAAGAGCAUUAGAAAGAAAAUUGGUCAAAGUCUACAACUCAAUGGCAGCAUGAAUCAUAUACUUUUCCACAACUCCAUGCCUUUAAAUUACAGAAAAUUACGUUCACAUUAUUAACCACGACGAGGGCUAGCUUCUUUGACUUAGCACUAUUCUUAAUAAUUCAUAUAGUUGAUAUAGCAAGCAUAGCUUAAAGUAGAAGCAUUUCAUCACACCAUUGCGUUAAUGAUACCUCCCUCAAAAUUCCCCACCUUCCCUUCAUCUCCAUGAAAGGCACAUACAUACAUACAUACAAGCAGUUAGAGUUAAUUAGUUAGGCUGUGUUUGGGUUACACUUCUGUUGAACCUAACUCACGUUUUAUUUUUUUGUUUGAAUCCAUCAGUGUUGUUGAGAGAACAAAGAAAUUUAAUUACGUGAACAUGACCAUGGAUAGAUCAUCUCAAAGCAGUUCCGAUUCACCGACCCGAGAAGCGAAAGUGUUAUCCAUCGAAUGUCUGAAAGGAAGUUCAAAAGGCGACGAGUGGACCGGAGAUAUGCUCCAAACCGGCGACAUCGUGGAGGAGCUGCGAAUUGGAUCGUCGGCGAAGUCGCAGAUCCGGUACCAGUGGCCGUUCAAGGGCGGGAAGAGCGGCGUGCAGAAGAUUCUUCAGGAGGCGUUCAAGAAGAAGGAGACGUCGAUCGUUGUUCGGGUGCGGCGAGGAUCGGAGGAGCUGGCGGAGCUGCAGGCGUGCAUCGUGCCCAACGAAUUCACCGCCAAGAAGAACUUGGUGCUGCGAUCCAUUUCUGACCCGAAUUACGUGGUCGGGUUUGUGGAUCGGACCGAAGCGGAAUGCUUCGAGAUUCAAGCUUCAAGGAACACAAGGAUGGUAAAUGCGCUAACCAGGACCAAGCUACAAGAUGGAUAUGUUUCAUAUUCAUGGGAGAGGAGGAUGCAGGAAAUGCUAUCAGUUCCCAAUUCUAGCAACUUCCUUUCCAUAUUAUUCCUUCCCAAAGCUUCAGAUCGGGUAGCUUCUCGCUAUAAUGAUCUGGAGGACACCCUAGCCAGGGCAAAUGCAUGGCUUAAUGCAGGUCAAGCCUCAGGGGUUCCUAUUGUCUUCAUGAACAUCCAAACCGAGUCCCUACUUACUAAGAUAUCAGGAGAGACAGCUUCUUCCACUGUGAAUGCAGGGUCAUUAUCUGACUUAGCUAACUUAGCAAAUGCAAGCCUUUACGGCUUUGAGGAUUACCAUGGAAUAGAUAUCGGUGUUGUUCGAGCAGUUCGCCUAUGGUAUGCUCCGGUUGCAGGAGAGUUCUCUAUUGAGAUCAAACUAAAAGAGGAAGACGCGAAGCUUGGCUUUGCCAUUAGUCGUACUGAAGAGGGAUUUAUUUUCAUCUCAUCAGUGAUUAAUCAAGAAAAUGUACCAGCCACACGAUCAGGGCUGAGCAAUCUUUAUAAACUAGCAACGGAUACUUGUAGGAUGUUGGUAGUUUCAAGAGUGUCAAAUCAAAAAGUCCUUCCAUGGAUGGUUUCAUCAACAGGAGCCAUUCGGUGUUAUGACACUGUUUCACUCAGCCAGAAGCUCUCCUUGCAUAGACACACCAGAGUUCCCAUUCUCCUACACGUCUUCCUUUGGGACCGGGCUUUGGUUUCUUCAAGUGGAGGAAGCUCUAGAUUUAGGGCUCUGUCUUCUUCUGUGUUGCCAUCUCAUGCAUCUGAAAUUGAAGUAGCACGCCUUCCAGAUGAAACUCAUGUACUGCCAUUGCCCCCUCCACCUUCUGAACCAAGUGAAAUUUCGCACUCCAGGCUUGAGAGAGACACAGCAGGGGAAUUCUCUUUUAGAUUCCACGAUUUUGCCUUGUCUAGCAACUGGGUAUGAUGUUGAUAUAAUACGUAAUUGCAUGUCAAAUUAAUGAUUGUUAUGCUAUUGUAGUUUGUUAUUGUACAUAUAGUAUACAUUGAUUUAGACUUCGGGCCUUCGAUUUUGUUUUGCUUCAUUAGCUUGUCCGCGGUAAAGCAGAAUAAUGUAGCAUAUAGAAUUGGUUACUAGGAUUUUUUAAAAGCAUCGUGACCUUUUUAGCCUUUGGCUUUCCCUCUAUAGUUUUGGGUGUGGAUAAUAAAUUGAGAGAAGUUAUUGGUUUCCUACUCGGGAUGUUUUGGGUCAGGAAAAAUUUA